UCUUUUCACAUUGACGUCCUCAUCCACUUCUUCCUCAAUUGAUACUGUAGCUUUUUUCUGCUUCUAAAGCUUAUUAGAAGCCCUGAGAAGUCAAUUGAGUGUUUUGAAUACUGACCAGAGACAAAGAGACUGGCUAACGUGUGUUCAAUCUCGAGAGUCUGCUAGAUUUCUUUAUUUUUGAGAAGCAAAGAUGGGAGAGAGGAAGGUUUUGAAUAAAUAUUACCCACCAGAUUUUGAUCCCUCUAAACUUCCUCGUCGGAGGCAGCAAAAGGACAAGCAGAUCAAAGUGCGUAUGAUGCUUCCCAUGAGUAUUCGUUGUAAUACUUGUGGGAACUAUAUAUACAAGGGGACAAAGUUCAACUCGAGGAAAGAAGAUGUUAUUGGGGAGACAUAUUUGGGAAUCCAAAUAUUCCGGUUCUACUUCAAAUGCACCAAGUGCUCUGCUGAACUGACAAUGAAAACAGAUCCACAAAAUUCAGAUUAUGUUGUUGAGGCUGGUGCAACUCGCAAUUUUGAGCCUUGGCGUGCUGAGGAUGAGGCAGUUGAAAAAGAGAAGACGAGAAGGGAUGAUGAAGAGAAGGGAGAUGCAAUGAAAUCCUUGGAGAACAGAACUUUAGAUUCAAAAAGAGAGAUGGACAUUCUUGCAGCACUGGAUGAAAUGAAGUCCAUGAAGUCUAGACAUGCAACCGUGAGUGUAGAUGCGAUGCUUGAGGCUUUGCAACGCACGACUGAAGAAAAGGAGAAGAGAUUUGCAGAAGAAGAUGAAGAACUCAUAAAGUCAAUUUUUUCCCAGGGUUCAAAAAACUAUGUUAGAAGAAUCUAUGACGAUGACGACGACGAUGACGACGUUGAUGAUGAUGAUGAUUUAAAUCAGCUUUCAACUGAUGGUGGGACGUCAUCACAAGUUUAUUCCAAGAGGAGAAAAGUUUCUGAAGAAGUGGGGAAACCGACAGAUUGGCUGAGAAAAGGCAGUACUUUUGAUAGCUUCAAUACUAAAGAAACUGUUGGUGAUUCUGAGGCUCCAAAGAAUGACAAAUUUGUCUUCAAAACUCCGUUAGUCAGAAUUUCUGUUGUGAAGAAGCCUUUGCCACCUCCUACUGAAAACAAUCAAGUGGAAGACACGGACAAACAAGAAGAGGAACCAAAAGCCAAUGAUACAAGCAAUGUACUCCAGUCGUUGUGUCAAGACUAUGGAAGUGAUGAAAGUGAGUAGCAAUUUUGUAAUUUACCUCUUCAGACUUGAAUAUUUUUAACGAUCGUAAUUUUUUUCUU